AUUAUAUUGUCCUCCAACGACAUCAGGACAAUCGGAUAAAAGCCACAGAGAGCAUGGAUGAAUGGAACGUCCUAACUGCAACGGCAACGCAGCUUAGCCAGUUGCUGUAUCGGGGCGACACUACUAGUGUGGAUAUCGUCAAGGCCUACCUCGCUCAAAUCGACCGGCACAAUAGAGCUGGCCUGAACCUGCAUGCAAUAAUCUCUGUCAAUGCCGAAGCUGCUCUUGCUCAAGCAGCAGCCCGCGACGACGAAAGAUCGCAGGGCAAGACCCGCAGUCCACUUCAUGGAAUUCCGAUUAUCGUAAAAGAUGCGAUCACCACGUCCGAGUCCCUAGGUUUACCUACCACGGUCGGCGCCGCUGCCUUUAAAGACACAUAUGGACGGAAGAACGCAUUCAUCAUAGAUAUACUCCUAGACCACGGCGUGAUCAUCCUCGCCAAAGCCAGUCUAACGGAAUUCUGCGGCCUGAAGGCGACGUGCAUGACCGCCGGUUGGUCAGCAGUAAAUGGACAAACUCAGUCAGCUUAUAUCAAGGGUGGUUUUCGAUCGGACGAUCUGUUUAUCGGUCGCUCUGGACCGGGAGGCUCCUCGUCCGGGUCUGCAGUGGGGGUUUCAGCCGGCUUUGUGCCGUUAUCGCUGGGGACGGAAACUUCGGGUUCAGUCUGCAUGCCGGCAAAUCGGGCGGGAUUGUACUCUAUCACUGCCACUCGCGGGAGUGUCCCAAUGGACGGAAUUUUUCGCUUAAGCAAAGACUUUGAUAAGUUGGGUGCUAUGGCCAAGUGUCCCGAAGACCUGGGUCUGUUGAUGCCACUGCUCAAUGGCACGCGCUUGGUGUCUGCAAAGUGGAGCGACGUCUCGGUCGGAUUUGUCGAUCCAAUUGUAUGGGAUGCGUUUGGAUUCCAAAAGACCCAGGACAAAUAUGUGGAAAGUCAAAUUCUCGAUGGGUACGAAUGGGCAAGAGCGCAAAUAACUCUCCGAGGAGGCCGGGUUGUCUACCCCGUAGAUUUGCCGACAAUGGAGGGCCUUCGCUUUGAAGGCAAAAGCGUAAACUAUACCGUUGCAUUUCAUGAAUUUCCAAGGCUAUUUGAAGAGUAUUGCUCGCUCCUAGUAGACCCCAAGGUCACAUCAGUUCCAGAAUUGAUCCAAUACAACGGAGAACAUGCAUCUUCUGCCAUGCCGCAGCCACAUACAGAUCAAACUGACCUCGAGGAGACCCUCAAAUCAACAUUGACAGAAGAGAAAGCUACGGCAGCCAAGGCCUACGCUCAACACUUGGCCGGUCCCGACGGCAUCGAUGCGACACUGCAGGAAAAUCAUAUUGACCUGAUAAUUGGACCAGGUGAUUGUGCAAUUUGUGCAGUGGCGGCUCUUGCAGGCUAUCCCACUGCCAUGGUUCCACUUGAUCGCUUGGAAGGUCCUGGUGGGCUUGGCCAGCCUCAGGGGCUAAUGCUGAUUACCAGUGCAGGUGGUGAAGCAAAGAUCCUGGCAUUCAUGCAGUUGUGGAAACAGGUUGUGGGUGAUUGGAAAAUCCCCCCUUUGCUGCUCUAAUGGGAAACAUCGCGACCAAUCCCGUCUUGUAUGCCUGACCUUUCUUACGUGCUAUCCUGGAUGGGUCAUCUGUUGAAUUAUUGAGGCUUGUAUUGAGACGAUAGAAAAGCGGUUUCCUUGAAGAACUUGAAGAGUAAAGCUUUCCAGACACUGUGUGUUAUAAUGGUGUUAUUUG